AUGAAUUCUCAAGGUCAGUUUUCUAAUUCAGAAAACAACCAAAAUCCUCUUAUUUCUGCUUCUUUCAAUCUACAAAACACUCCCGUUUCAUCUAAUGAAAGGCAAGAAAGUCCAACUGCCCCGAGCGAAACUUAUAUGACGCAGUCUCUUGACAUUCAGUCUCAACCAAUAGUUGCUAACGCAUAUGUACAAUCCGAUUCUUCCGUAUAUCUUCAAAUUCAACCCGUUUAUCCUACUAUCUUUUUCUUUCGACCACCAAAUGAUUUUUAUCAUUAUUAUAUUAAAUGUGAAGAAAUCUCAAACGACACCGUUGCAUACUUAUUAAAUAAAUCGUUAAAAGAACGUAAUGUUCAAUCUAAUGAAAAUAAAUGUAUUUUCUAUUAUCAGCAACAAUAUAAUAACCGACUUUAUCAAGUAUCAUGCGAAAUUGUUUCUCCUUUCUUGGUCAAUAAUUGUUUGAAUAAAAAUAUUCUUGGAGUUGAAUUUCAACAAAACAUGGAACAAGAGCAUAUAGUAUUAACUUUUAUCUUGAAUGUCAUUUGA